AUGGCGGCUCUGGCGAGGUUCGAAGACGCCUUAGGCCCGGAGAAGGACUAUUACAAGCAGGACGAGCUCUUUUGGAAGUCUCACGCUGAGAAGGUGCAAUCGUAUGGCGAGUUGGGGAGGGGAGGUCAAAGUUUGGCUCUCAGCCAGACAGCACAUCCUGCAACAUGGAGCUGCGGAAACGGCAGUGCCAUCAGCAGAGAGUGUCCAGGGGUGGAUCAGCAGUCACUGUUGCUCGACGCUCUUCUACUGCCGGGUACAGUGUCUUCAGCAUGGGAAACGCCUGAGAAGCACAUAGAGUUGCACAAGAGGGUGGUUGAGCUCGCAUCUGUUCGCUCUUCGCUGCAUAAUCAACUCCGAACGCUGCAAGGGCACAAGGCAUCCCUCAAUGAGCAGAAGCUGACCCUCCAGUCAAGGAUUGUCUCUCGCCUGAACUCCAGGCUCCACGCUGCGUAUGCCGUGCUUGAUGAUCAACAGUCUUCAGUACAGGCCAAAAUGGGCCAGCUGGAACGUCACACACUCCAGUGUGCACGAAUUCUGCAGCGCCUUGUGCCUGAACCAACUGUGGAAGAGUGGGCUGAGUUGGCAUCUGAGUUCCAGAGGCUUCACAGAUUCAAGGCUGAGGUGGCAGAGGAUGCUGAGCUUGGGUUCAAUUUUGAAACGCUUGCACCCAAGGCGGAGGCCGACUUGGAGAGGGAACUGGCAGAGGCCAAAAACAUCAUGAGUGGGCUGCAGGAGGAGCUACAGAUCUGCAGAGAAGGGCGCGUAGAGGUGGACAAGUUGCUGGAUCAGAAGUGCCAGGAAGUCAAUGCAUGGGUGCAGCAGUGCACAGAGUUGCAAACACAGCUGGAAGACAUUGACAAGGAUGCUGUUGUCGUUGAGCGGCUGCGUGAUGCUCGAAGUCAAUUUCAGCAAGUUUUGCAGGCGCUCGAGGAGAAGCAUCAAAAAGAGGUGGAACGGCUUGAGUCGUUGUUCAAAGAUGCAGUAGGUGGCAAAGACGGCAGUGAGCACACUGAUGCAGACUCACACUGCAGUGCGAGGGAGAUGGAUCUUGAUGUGGAGCCAGUGCAACAACUGCGCAAGACCAUGACACUGCCCCCUGGCAAUGCUGCCAAACCUGCCUGUGGGCGUGAGGCAAGACUGAGGGAAAUGUACCAAAAGAUGCUCAUGCAGAUCAAGCACAGGAAUCUGAAGGAGAGGGAGAAAUCUGAACUGAGGCACAAAGAGGAGAUGCAAGCCUUGGUUAAAACCCAUGAAGACACGAUUGCAAGGCUACUUGCACAGUUCAAUAAGCAAGGAAUGGGACCUGCUACUGAUGGCAACGAUGUGACUGAGAUGAAACUGCUGAAGGAGGAAAACAACGCCUUGAAGGAGAAAAUGGACAAGUUGUCAGAUGCAUUUGAUUCCCGCUUGGAGUAUGCUCUAUACUCCCAGCGAUGUGAGCAUGAGAAAGAGAUCAUCGGAAUGAAGGACAUGUGCGAAAAAUCAAUGGAGGAGAGUAAGAUGGAAACGUGUGGCUUGCGUGAUGCUCUGGCUGCCCAGCAGGAAAUCAUGACACCUGAGAAGAUGAAGUCCAUCGUUAACGAUGCCAUCAGGGCGAAGGAUGCAGAGCACCAUGCAGACUUGCUCCGUGCGAACGAUAUGUGGCAACAAAAAGUUGAUGCAGUUGAGGACCACUACAAAAGCGCUCUCACCAAGAGGGAGGGAGAAUACGACCAGCUAUUGAAUGAGCUUCGCCGAAUUCAGCAGACGCACAAUAGCACUUGCUCAUCGUCAGAGGCAUCCCAUCAUUCUGGUGCCGAACCCCAGGCCAGACCUAAAGGGAAAGCAAGGACUCUCAGCCCCCAAACGAAGUUGCACACAGGGAAAAGGUGCAGCGCCUCUAUUGGAGGGUCCUCACCAGCAGCCAUUCCGGGUGUGGCUGGAUUUCGAGAAGAAGGGAUGCAACACGAUGGGACAGGACGGCCAGCCCCUUGUUUGGGUUCCUGCGUUGGCUCUAGUGGGGCAUCAGUCGAGUCUCAGACAGAGACUUUUGCUGAUGCUGUGCUCACUAGUGGAACCCCCCUUGAGCAAUGCCUUCUGGCAGAUGGGAACCAACGCACUGCAAAUGCCAUUGGCAGGACUGCAAGGUGCGCUCGCUGUGGCCUGAACGACGAAGUUGCGCCGGGCCACUGCUGCUUCCACCCAGCCCUGCUUAGGGCCCCAGGGCCAAUGCUCUACAGCCCAGAAUGGCACACCUGCAAAGUCAGCCACCACAGCGCCAGCACGCCAGGCUGCUACAGCAGGAGGGAGCACUACUAUCCGAUCGAUCCAGGGGUCGGUCGAGGGUCCCUGGUUGGUCCUGGCACUUCGUGGGGAUCGAUGCCGUCGCCAAGACCCAGAGCAGUGCGGCCCAUGCCGUCCUACGUGCCAAGAGAAGACACUGGCCCACUAAUCGGAUCAUGA